AGCAGCUGCACUCGAGCUUGUGGCGUUGCAUUUACCUCUGAAUGCGCUUAUGGUUUAGUAUUAUCAACUUUGAGUAGCGUUUAGGCUUACGCAGGUUACAGAAAUAUUUAUUGUGCGACCGACAAGGCUUACGAACGAGCUCAUCCAGGGUAUUCUUAUAUAAAAGCGUCACAUACUCUUACAUAUAACGCUUUCGAGUUACCAUCGCCUUGGACCCUUGUCCCUCGUAAGGGCGUUCAGCGGCAUGCACAUCUGCAGCGGGUCGACCCAGGCUUGCCGCCGCUUGGUGGCUUUACAAAGUCGACUAGCGUUGCCCCCAACCGGAUGCCCAGCAGCAGUCCUCAUGCCGCCGCUUCGGCUAUCAUCACCCUCAACCCAGUCCCGGCUGCACCGGCGUUCGGUUACCACAUGCUGCACAACCUCCCCUGAAUCGGGAACACCCUCCUCACCGCCACCAUCCUCGCCGCCUCCAUCCUCGCCACCCGAGGGCUCUUCCUCCUCCCCACCCCAACGCGCCGCUUCCUCCCCAAGCUCGUCCGAGGCAGCAAUGCGACGCAUGGCCGCCAGCCUGCGCAUCAACACGCCCGGCCGCCACAUCUUCCUGUGCUCGGACCAGACAAAUGCCAAGUGCUGUAGCAAGGCGGACGGCAUUGCCAGCUGGGACUACCUGAAGAAGCGUGUCAAGGAGCUGGGUUUGGAGGGCGGCGAGGUGCCCGUGUGGCGCACCAAGGCCAACUGCCUGCGGGUGUGCGCGCUGGGGCCCAUCGCGGUGGUCUACCCGGACCAGGUCUACUACCACAGCUGCACGCCCGAGGUGGUCGAGCGCAUCCUGCAGGAGCACAUCAUCGGGGGCAGGGUGGUGGAGCAGUUCCGGAUUCAACCCGAUAACAACAGCGGUAGAGUCCUGGCGGCCUAGCGGUAUAGCAGCCUAGCGGUAUAGCAGCCUAGCAGCCUAGCGGUCAAUAGUGGUAGCGGGAAGUACGUUCCCGGUAGCGAUGUACGCACUGCAGCAUACAGCACUCUUGUUUGUUUUCUAGCACACGCCGCAUUAGGUAGCCAAGGCGUGGCGAGGGAGUGAGCCGGACGCCGCAACCCAGGUAAUGUAGAUUCCCCACGCGGCGUCACGUGGUGUGAUGCGGGUCCAAGACCAUGACUCAGCAGCACUGCAGCUGAUGGUUGGCGUGAAGCAAGCAGAGCAAGCCCGGGUUGGGGGCUUUGGUUGGGCAUGACCCGGGUUCUAGGUGCGCCCGGAGAGCAGUACCAUCGCAAGUGCCUCAUUCGUUGUGGUGCCAGGGGAUGGGCCAUUCGUGCAGCAGAGAUUGCCCAUCCCAUCUGGCCUUAAGAGGCGGAAAGGGUGUACCGGGCGGCCGGGAAGCUCAGGGCUGUGUUUGAGCUGCGGUAGCGCAAUGCUGCCUUCCAUUGAGGUAGGGGUCGUCAGUGUACGCAACACGCUCCUGUGGCUAUGGAGGUGCCUAGGUUAUGGUGACAAAUGAUGGGCGUAUGCUACGGCUUGGUUUACGCACUGCGGUAUAAUGUUGACCUUUCAUGUUAGAUAGCUUAAUCGGGUAGCGUGACCCUAAUUAAAUCCACAGCGCAUUGCAAAUGAGCUGUCAUGUAACAUAAAGACAC